ACUCGCGUCCGAAGGAUGGUGUUGUGUUAGAGGGAGUGGGAGAGGAGGGUGAGGGGUACCCACAAAGAUGUUGCGUGAUUUUUUGGAAAUUUAUUUAUUUAAAUAAAAAUGGCCGCCGCAGAGAGCGGAGAGGAGAGACUAGGUGAGGACAAGAAUGAAGACCAGGAGGGCUCAAAAGACAAGACGCAGAAGCAGAAGAAAAACAAAAGGGAACGGCAAGAUGUGGAAAAACUCGAGGCCACAGUGUCCGUUCCUCCACCCCCGCCCCUCCUUACGCAGGGGGAUGUUGGACAACAGACGGAGGCAGGGAAGUCUGAACCCGUUGACCCUGAAGUUGGAGCUGCUCUCAGCGCUCCAGAAUCUUCCGCGUCGGCCAAGCAGCGGCGUUCCAUCAUUCGGGACAGAGGCCCGCUGUAUGACGACCCUUCACUGCCUCAAGGUUGGACGCGCAAGCUGAAACAGCGCAAGUCGGGGCGAUCUGCUGGAAAAUUUGAUGUCUACCUGAUCAACCCAGAAGGGAAAGCCUUCCGUUCCAAAGUGGAGCUCAUGGCGUACUUCCAAAAGGUGGGCGAUACCACCACGGAUCCUAAUGACUUUGACUUCACAGUCACAGGCCGAGGAAGCCCCUCUCGAAGAGAAAAGAGACCGCCAAAGAAGCCUAAAGUGGUCAAACCUUCCGGUCGCGGGAGGGGUCGGCCAAAAGGCAGCGGCAAGGUACGGCAGGCCACGGAAGGGGUGGCAGUAAAGCGCGUCGUAGAAAAGAGUCCAGGAAAACUCCUGGUAAAGAUGCCCUUUGUGGCCCCCAAAACUGAACCAGGGGCUCCAGCGGGGCAAGCGCCAGUUGCCAAAGUGCGCCGAGGGCGCAAGCGGAAAUCGGAGCAGGAGCCGCCGAGCACCCCCAAAAAACGUGGCCGCAAGCCAGCAGCCGCUUCGCAGUCGGCGGUGGGGACGGGAUCGGCCGCGGCCUACGCCGCAGCGGCCAUUCUCACCGCCGAGGCCAAGAAAAAAGCUCAGAAGGAGUCUUCCGUAAAGCCUGUUCAGGAGAGGGCGCUUCCCAUCAAGAAACGCAAAACCCGAGAGACUCUAGAGGAGUUGGAAGGAUCCACCACCUCCACGACGGAGACGUUCGCGCCGGGGAUAGCCAAACGACUGACUGCGUCAACUGUGACCCCUACAGGGGAGGAGGUAGAAACGGGACAGAAGUCUCACAAGCAUCCCGGCCGGAAGCAUAAAGAGGCGUCCGCGGAUCCGGGGAACGGCAGCGGCGGCAGCGGGUCGGCAACCGGCGGCAGCGGACCGAAGAGUCACAAGAAGAGAGAUCAGCGAGGGCAGCACUUUAAACACCACCACCAUCACCACCACCACCAACACCACCAUCUGCAGGCCAUGCCGCCCUCCACCUACACUCCGCAGGCUCACCAGCUCUCCCUGGGUCACUCCACGCAAGGGGGGCCGCCUGCGAGCACGGAAAACGAACCCCAGGACUUGAGCACCUCCAGGCCCAGAGCGGAGCACGUGGCCUGCAGGGAGGAAGCGAGAACUGAUAGGGACGCUCAGAACGCAAGCAAGAUGGCCUCCUCUGACCUGAGAGGGCAGCAGACGACUGUGACGGGGGACGGCAAGGAGCUGAGAGACAUUGUUCCUCCCUCCGCCGUCCCGAGGCCGAGCCGAGAGGAAACGGUCGAGUCCCGGACACCAGUGAGCGAGCCAGUGAGCUGACUGACUAAGUGGCUUCGCGUGCGAAGAGUCGGAGGCGGUCGCCGACGAGACGAGUGAUUUUUCGUUCUUUUUUACUGAGGAAAAAAGAAAAAGGAAACAAAAAUAUUCAAAAAUGUAAACGUACUUAAACAAAAGGCAGCUGUUGUGUCUCGUUCUCUCUGUGGGUUGGACGCGGGGCGAUAAUUCUCUUGCUUCCGGAUGAAUUCUCUGCUAACCUUUUUCUUUACAGUUUCCUUUGAUUUCCCACUAUAUCUUUGUAUUAGUAUAUCUUAGCACUCACCUAAACCAGUUAUUCCUUUGUCAGAGCUUGUAGGACGUAGAAACACACUCAAGUGGUAAUGGAUGCACAAGUCUCACGCCAUAGUUGUCGUAAAUCAAUGCUCUCGAAAGUACUAAAAUGCCUCAUAGUCAUGUCAUCUCAACCCUAGCGAAAAGGUGUCCUAUCAGUGUGUUCUUCCGUUUGCGAAGGGGCAAAUCCGACGGCGAGCCGAGGAGGAAAACAGGGCCACGUUUCCGAUCUCCACCUUUCCAUUUGAGUCGAACGCAGCUGUUGCAGCAUCCUCACCUUUGAAAUCAGACGCUAGCUUAACUCUGACAGAAAAGAACUUCCUAGUUGUGGGUGACAUUUCCAGCCUGUGAAGAUCAAUUGAAUUGGGAAGUAGUAUUUCCUUGGUGUUUUUAGCGCACACGUCUAUUAAUUACCAGUAGCUCGGUUAACCUAAUCACCUGUUUCGGCGGCGCCUGAGAAAAUGCGACCGGAGCUGAAAGCUCCGUUUUUCAUUUUCUCCGGUGGGCGAGAUAAAGCACAAAUGAAUUUGUUAGGGAAUAUCGAAAGCACAGUCCAGUGUAGCAUCUGGAGUAGAUGUCAACAGAAUACGAGAAAAGAUAUUUGUUAUGUUUACCUGCUUGUAUCCAUGAAGUACAAUUUAAAUAGUGGCCUUGUGUUCUUGCGACACAAAUCCCUAACAAAAAAAAAAAAAAAAAAAAAAAAAAAAAAGGCAUACCGGUUUCAAAUGUAGCUUUUGGUUUUAUUGUGUGUGUGGUUAUAGACUAAUCCCAUAGAGCUGCUGUUCUAAAAACGAUUCUGACAGGAAAGUUAAUAGAUGGCUAUAUUUAUAUAAUGUCUUGUCAGGCUGUAGCUGUGUCAAAUGCAUGGGUUGCUGAUGUUUGCGUGCUUCGCGUGCUAUUUAUUACAGUACUCCGACAUUGUCUUUCUUGUACAUAAAGCCAGGUUCAGCACUAACGGCGAGGGUUAAGCGUUAUAGAUGCGUAAAUAUUUUCAAUUGUGAGUAUUAUGAAACAUUACUCGGCAACAAACGGAAGAAAAACUGCAUACGUUGUACAAGACCAUGCAAUCAGUUAGUUUUCUAACGCCUUCUUUUUUGCAAUCAGAAAGACAAAAUCACGGCUCCGUGCGUAAAGUUGUUCGAGAUUGGACAUGCUAAAGAUGUCAUGAUUGUACCUUUGGGAUAAAACAUCAUUCUAAGGAAAUCAAGAACCAAAACUGAGGAAGUUCUUCUUUGUUGAUUAUGUAGAAUUGAUUAGGAUUUUAUGGAAACUUUACAGCACUUUUUCUGUUUCACUUUUGUUUCUUCCUCUAGAUGAAAUGCACCUUAAUUUUAAAUAUUGUGAGAAGCCUACCAAUUUAUUUGCAUAUAUUUUUCUGGUUAGCCUUGCACAGACUUCUGUUUCAUGUCCGGAGGUUGUUACUUUCUUCAGAUGUGUGUUAGCAUAGAAUGCAUGUUCAGUGUUGUUAUAAAGAGCCAUUCUUUUGUUUAGAUUACCAUGCAUAGAUAGGAUCAGAGCCCACCUUCACUCCUAAAAAUAAAGGUGCUUCACGAUGCCGUAGAAGAACCUUUUUUGUCUAAAUGGUUCCAUAAAGAACCUUUCUGACGAAAAUGGUUCUUGAAAGAAAAUAAAGAAGCAAAAAUGGUUCUUGUAGGCAUCUGAAGAACCUUUUAAUGUCAGUCAAAAAGUCAUUUGUCAAUAGUCUUGUCAUCUUACUUUUUUAUCUUUCAUGUGAUGUGGAUUCGACUGCACUCAGUACAAAAAAAAAUCCUAAAUGUCUGAAUCCGUGUCCAGUUCAAGUACGAGUCCACCCGAGUUCAUUUAUAAAUGCAGUCUGAGUCCAUGUACCACAACUCUAACGUACAGUAUUUGAGAUCACACAUUUAUGGCCAGUAAUGAGGUGACAAAGGCAGUUAGUUAGUAAAUGUCCUGAUGUUUGACUGUUACCAUGCAACUCUGUGUGCUUGUCAAAUCUAAUCAAAUUAAAAUUAAUUUAUAUAGAUGUAUAAAAAAUAUCUAAAAAAGAAACAAUUGGUCUGAUGUCAUCACACGUUAUGAUUUUAUAUUCUAGAUAUUGCAGUUUUCACUAAUCCCAGAGUGAGGAGUUGCUUUCCCUCCCCCUCCCAAAGUAUUGUGUUCAGUUUUUACAUCUUACACGGUUUUGGAUGUGCGUCGUCACUGACAUAAAUGCUGAAAAAUACGUACUACUAAGCACUCGUUAAAAGUUCAACUAGAGUAGAUGUCGUUUUGAUAUUUGCUGUUCAAAUGCAUGCGAGAGACAACUUAUCAGUGUUUUUUUUUUUUUUUUUUUUUAGAGUAGCCUCGUUAUCUGGUAUCUUAAAUGCGUUUAAAGAAUUUUUUUUUUUUUGUGUGUGUGUGUGUGUAAACGUGUAGAUUAUAUUACAGUCGACAAUCACAUUGGUUUGUUUUUCCCCUCAAGUCUUAUUAAGAUUGAAAGCGCCUCCGUUCUCUUCCUCCAGCCUCCCGCUCCCUCGACCCUCACGGGGAAGAGGCACCGAGAAUAAAAGAGCGUUUCCGCUCGGAACAAGGGCUAUGUAAUCAUUUCAAGUAGUCAAAAGCAAAUGAAGGAAAUGGAUUUCCAAGUCAGAGGAACGCACGGUCUGGUCCUCGCCGUAAAGGCAAACUCCGUUAAUUGCUUGAGGUCAAACAGCAGACUUUAAGUGUUAAAGUCAAACACCACCGGCUCGCUCUCUGGCAGAGUCUGAGCGCUCACUUAACCGGCGGCUGACGUUGUGACCUGUCCGCGGCGAACGUCUCCCUGGUCUGACUAAACCCGAGCGGGAGACUGGAGGUAGACGAACGGACUCCCGUACCGUAGACUCGGCAAGCACAUUUCUAAGUUCUGAGGUUCGGAGCGAUAGCGAAGGAACGAAACCUCCAGACAUGAAUUGAAGCGACUCGACUCUCGACUCACAAGCUGCAUCAGUCUGGCUGAAACUGAAAGGGUAGUGCCUUUAUUUUGGGAGACUUACUAAGGUGGUAGAAGUGACCUUUGAUUCUAAAGAAACACCUUUUAUCCCAACGAAGCAACGUGGAAGGUGAUUUUACUCAAAUGCUUGGUCAUUUUUCGUAGGUAGAACGUGCACUGGUGUGUGUGUGUGUGUGUGUGUGUGUGUGUGCGUGUGCGUGUGAGUGAGUGAGUGUGUGUGUUGUAACUAGGGUUUCAUUGUUGUUCAUUUUUCUUUUUUUCCAUCGGCUGGGCGUUUGUGUCCACCUAGAAAUGAUGUAUUGUUAAAAACCCUCUGCUUUAUGAACUUCUUGCCUUUUGUAGCGCUCAAAGCCCACUGACAAAAAUGGAGCCCUACAAACGGGGAAAGACAGAAUAAGAAGAUUACUUUUGUUAUUUAUAUAUGUUGGUUUGUUGUUUUAUUUCUUCGUUCGUUUGGGUUAUUUGUGCCUCUGGCAGUGAAAUAUGCUUUGGAAUGUCCUUGUGUCCCUGUAGCCAAAAAUACAUGCUAUGUACGUGAACAUGUAUCAAUAUGCAUGAUUGCCAUUAGAAGAUAGGACAUUGCUUGCCCUUUACUAUUAUAUAUAAGAUGUUUCCAAACAGCACUCCAGAGCUGAGCCCAACCACACCAACCGAAUCCGAAGGGUUUCUUGAGGUAUAAAAUACUGAAUGUCUUCUGUUUAUAAUGAAGGUUGUGCACUUUGACAUGAACAGGUUUGUUUCCUUUGAGUUUGGGCUUCGAACGCCGCUACUUGUGGUGGCUAGAGUAAUUUGUAGAUUUCUGUGUUAGGUUUAUUUUUCUGAGUAGAAUUCUUGUUUUUGUUUGUUUUUGUUUUCAAUUAUGAAUCCGACAUUGAAAAUAGACCGUUUUAUCUUCAUAGCAAUAGUACGAUAGUUUACCCAGCAGAUCGAAAAUGAGUUUUCUCCUUUAGCACGUCUCUGAUUUGUGUAACAGUAGGAGCGAAGUAAAAGAAAUUUACCCUUACGACUAAAACGCAGCACUUUGACUCGUGCGAGGAGGACAACUUAAGGUCAAAUGAAACUAUAAGAAAUAGAUUCCAGUUCCACCGUGGUAGAAAGUUCAUGGUCUAUUUAACAUAGUCUUGUGCCUUGAAGUUUCAGUAAUAGAAUUUAUCUUUAUACCGUAGUUGUAUUUUUAUUCCGAGUCCUGUGUUUGCCUCUUGUUGGUAUUCAGUGCUUUGGAUGUAUUAAGGAUUUAUAGAGAUCAAGAAUAUGUUUGCCUUGCUUUAUUUUCUUAAUUGAGAAAAAAAAAAAAAAAGGAUAACAUUAGGGAGAUGUACUUGGGCAAUAUUGACGAUGUAAAAAGCUAUAGGAUUUUGAUGUUUUUUCAUCCCUGAUAUGUUGAACGUUUCACAGAUUAUUGAGUAACGUGUGUUCGUUGGGAAAUAUUCUCCAUUUUAACCAUUCUGACCAUACAAAAUACUUGGCCUCAAACAUAAUCUUCCAUGACAUUUUAUGACAAGAAAAACCAACCAACAAACAAACGUCAACCUUGACCGGAUGGACGACGAGUCUAAGAUCUGCACUUUAUAAAGUAUGUUUCCCGGCAGGACACCCAUUAACUUUUUGUAUGUAUUUUUUACCUGUCCAAAGCUGUUUUGUUUUCAUAUUAUUUUUUAAUUUAGUUUUAAAUAAAAGGGAUGGGUAGUAUGUAUCUAAAAGAAAAAAAAAAUAUACGUUAUUUUAACCAAACAAUCCUACAGACUAGGUGUCAGUGGUUAUUCACCAUCUGCCAAGCUAAGUCCUUGCCUUCCUGAAAGUGAAAAGUAUAGUUUGUGUCUACUUUUAUAGUACUGUGUUACUGUAUCAUUUGUUUGCCGUAUGUAACAGAUACACAAUAGUAAACAACAUUUACCUGCUCUCUGUCUAAAACAUUUAUUUGACUCACAUCACAACAGCAAUGUUAGUGUUGGUAUCUUAUUGCAAGAUUAAGCCUUUUUAUUCAUCAUCACAGUUAUCUAUAAUGUGGUAAUGUGAGGAAAAACAUGAUCAAAAAAACAAGGAAAAGUACUGAAGAUUGUAAUCUGGAAAGCAAAAUCGACGUUUCACUUUCACUUGGAGUUUUUCUCUCAAGUUUUGCAGUUGAAGUUGAAUUAAAAGAAUGCUUGUUGCACAUA